CAUUGGGCCUGGUGCAGGUGCCUGUUGGGUAAGCAGAGGGUGAGCGUUUCCCACACCACCCAAAAAGAUCAGUGGGCCCUGCCCCAAGCUUCCUAAAUCUGGACUUGAGCUUCUUGCAGCAGAGAAAUAAGAUAGGAGGCAAGCCUGGUCCCAGCUCUGCCUUGUUGCCUCUCCACAUGCUCAUGGCCUCUCCUAGCCUGGUGCUAAGCAGGUUCAUGAGUCUGGACCUGGUGGGAGAUUAACUCUUAGCAUGGGGGCACUUCAGGUCUGGGAAAGGAGAGGGAUUAGAGGCCCAAGGUAACCAACAGGAAGGGGCAGCUGCCAUCCCUGACAGAUCCCCUCUCCUGGGAGCUCAUGAUAAGAGUUAGUCAGGAGCCCUAGCUGGAAAAGCAUCCGGGAAGGGGGCCUAGGCAUGCCUGGCCUGUGGCAAGCCCCGGCUUCAACCAGCAGCCUCCAGCUUCCCUGGCUUCACCUCCCAGCCUCUCCCUGACACACAUGCACUGAACACUUCUGGCACCAAGUCCGCCCACUGUAGACUCUGGCUGCAGCUAGUGUGGGAGCCUGGGGGUACUGGGAGCAAAGUCUCAGAUGAAGGAAAAGCAGCAGCUCCAGGCAUAUGGUGCCACCUAGCUUUCCCAAAGGUCAGCAGGGUACUGGGAGCUAGGGUACCAUGAGCAGAGCAGCCAGAUGUUACCCAGGCUGAUAACGGAAGGCUUUAAGCAUUCUGUCUGCUUCCCCACACACAAGCCCCUUUGGCCCUCCACAACUCCCAAGUGGGAAUGGUGGGCAUUAGCCCCACUUGGCAGGUGAGAAAACAGAUCCGGAGAUGCAGUGAGACGCUCAGCAUCACAGUGUGGGACCAUCAGGACUGAAGUGUAGGGUUCUUUGCCUGGUAUGUGUUUCCAAAAACAAGGCCCAGCUUACAUUUAGAGAGUUCAGGUGUCCCUAGUCUGGCCAGGAGCAGUGAAAGCAGAGAAGAUCCCUCUGCCCUGUGCAGCAGGGUCUGCACACAGGAGCUGGUUGAUCUGCCUUUAGCUGCGUCAGCCAUAUCACAGCAUCUGCCCAGAUCUUUGCUUACAAGCCAGGCAGAUAAUUCCUCUAUCUGCUCAGACCAGAGACUCCCAGCUAGGAUGGCUAUAAGGGGCGAGGCAUUUGAGGGCCACAGUGAACUAGCCAAGUUCUCGUGCCCAGCCUCGGCUGCCAUCUGCAGUCACCUGGGCCCUAGCCAUGUGGCUGCCCCUGCUGCUGGGAGCCAUGCUUGGGGCCACGCUGUGCCUGCUGGGAGAGUGCGGAGCCUUGGUCCUCAUCCCCUGCCGCACCUUAGGCUUCAGGUGGCCUCUGGCCCUGAGACUGGCCAGCUGCCUGAGCCCCUCAGCAGAGGACCUACGGCGGGUGGCCUCCCCCCUCCUCCACACCACACUGCUGGCUACCACCAAUCCCCAGUGUCCAACGGGCAACCAACUGAGUGGAAACAUUGGGGAAACAGGAGUACAGCUGGGCCACCAGGAACAUGGUGUAGGGUGUUCACCUGCAAGGACUGUGGGCAGUUAGGGGAUUUGGGGAAAGAGCAGCGCUCAGACCCUCCCAGGAAGGAGACCAUUAGAGCCUCGCACAGGGCUUUUUGGCCUGACAAGUAAUACUGCUGUAGGGCCUGUGCCAUGGCUGACUCAGGAUGAUGUCCGUCGGGUGCUGAAUGCGAACACACUGGGACCUCUCAGGGUCACCCUUGCCCUGCUACAGGCCCAGGGUCACCUGGCGGCCAGUGAUGGGGUCUACUGUGUGUCCAAGUUUAGCCUGGAGACCUUCUCUGACAGUCUGAGGUGGGGUGUGGCUCCUUUAGCGGUGUAAGUCUCCACAGUGGAGCCUGGCUUCUUCCAAACACAGCAAACCUGAAGUUUGGGAGACGCCCUGCAGGCCUGGGCACAGCUCCCUCCAGCCAUACAGGGCCACUGUGGGGAGGCUUUCCUCACCAGGUGGAGUAGCUGGGCCCACACAGGGGAGCAUGAAGGGCAGUGAGUGCCAGAAAGGCCAGUCCUGCCCCUGCUGGGAGGAGGUGGGCAAUGGUCAGGGAGAAGGUGAAGGUGAAUGGGAUGCCACAGAACACUCAGGCCCUGUGGACCUGCCCCUCACCCGAUGGAAGGGGACUAAAGAGCCUUCUCCCAGGACCCAACCUGAGAAGGGCUGGGUGGGACAGGGACACUGACUAUGGCUACUCACUGGGCCACAGGCCUAAGAGUGCAGCAGUCCAUCCCAAGCUCAGACUGACCAAGUUGGGCAGGCGCCUGAGCUGACUCUGCUGACCACAUGUCGCCUCAGAACCCACCACAGCCCAGGCUGGGAAGCCAACCUGCUCUGGCUGCCAGCCUGGUGGGGGGUGUGCUCACCUGGGUCCUUCCCAUGCCUGCCCAGGCCAUCUGCUGAACCCAGCCUUCCAACAACUGUUCCUCAAGAGCAAGGACUUCACUGCUGUUCCCCACCCUGCUACUACCUGGUGCCUGACAGAACAAGCACUCAAUAAAUGUGUACUGCUAAAAAA